GAACUAUUUUCCUCGUAAAAUACCCAGUUAACAUUAACACAGAUUAAUAAUAUUAGUUUGACCAAAUCAUCGGUAUACUAUUGUUAAAUGUUAAACUUCCAUUUUGUCGCCGCAGCCGUACACAUGCACUUCUUCUCCCAUACACCAGGUGGCGCUGUCACAUUAAGAGUUUACAACCAGACUCCUCCAAAGCGGAAACUGUCACACCAACAUGGCGUCUGGCAGCGGGUCAAGUAAGGGCGACUUCCGUCGGAAGUGGGACAAAGAUGAAUAUGAGAAUCUUGCUCAGAAACGUAUUGCUGAGGAGCGAGAGAAAGAUGCGAAAGAUGGGAAAGUUGUGCCACCGGUUAAACGUGAGAUGCUGCGUCAUCGCGACUACAAAGUGGAUCUGGAGUCCAAACUUGGGAAGACCAUUGUUAUCACCAAGACGACCCCACAGGCUGAAAUGGGCGGAUACUACUGCAACGUGUGUGACUGCGUGGUGAAAGAUUCGAUCAACUUCCUGGAUCACAUCAACGGCAAGAAACAUCAGAGGAACCUCGGCAUGUCGAUGAGGGUAGAGCGCUCAUCCUUGGAUCAGGUCAAGAAGCGUUUCGAGGUGAACAAGAAGAAGAUGGAGGAGAAGCAGAAGGAGUAUGACUUUGAGGAGCGCUUGAAGGAGCUGCGAGAAGAGGAGGACAAAGCAAAAGCGUACAAGAAGGAGAAACAGAAAGAGAGAAAGCGGCGGGCAGAGGACGACGGGGACUUUGAGGAAGACGACGAAAUGGCGGCCGUUAUGGGCUUCUCCGGGUUUGGCUCGUCUAAGAAGAGUCACUGACACGAAGCCCCGCAAGGCUAUAGACGACAGCAGGUCUGGUAAUAGCAAUGCCGUUUUUUAUUGUUUAGCUCCACCCCCCUACUGCAAGAGGAGGUUAAAGCGCUAAAUCAAAUGAGACGCGAGACGAAGGACAACCAGUGUGCCACUGCACACAUGGUAGCGUUACCGGUCUCCCAUUUUGUUCUGACCACAUUCAAUGUUUUGUGAGGUGGAACCUCAAAACUGGACUUUUUGUUUGCAGAUGAAAGAAAAUAAGACCUACAUUUUAUGGAUUUUUGACAGUUCGAACAUUAGUUUUGGCCUAAUUAGAAUUCAUCAAGUCGCAUCUUUACGUUUCUAAUGUCUGCAUAAUGCAAAAACAGAUCCCUCACAUUUAUUCUUGUUAUCCUGAAAGAACGUUGCUGUAUAUUGUCAUAUCAUCAGGUUUUCUUCCAUUGGAAGCAACCCUUUGAUUUUAAUUAAACAGUAUUUUUGUUUUUAAACAGUUGCUGACUAAAUGAUCUGAAUCAAUUAUUCAUCUCUAUAUUUAUCAGUAAUACCUCUGUUUUCAACUAAAAUUGUUGCUAACAUUAUACCCCGGUUGUCGUAUAUCAUCUGUGUAUGGUCAGACCAAGUCGUCUGUUUUCCCACUUUUUAUUUGUGCAGAACUAAGUGCCCAAACAAAGAAUGACACACGUUGGUACUGAGUUAGCCUGCAUAAUAACCACCACAGGGCAAAGAAAGUUGCCAGCACUUUGAUAUAUAAGGUGAGAAACACAAUUCAAUUAAUCGCCGUCUUCAAUAAAAUGAUGUUAAAUAUUUUUUUAUCA